AUGGGGUCGGCCUCGGGAGUUUGGCAAGGCCUGGUAGCAGAGAAAGCAGGAGUUGAGAUGAUGGUUAGAGUUGGCUCGAGUAUUAUCGAUGAAGUGCCGUCGGUUCGAUCGUGGAUGAGAUGCCAUGUUGUUAACGCUCUCGGAGUUCCGCCGAAAAUUCGAAAAAUGGCGCAAAAAAUCCUGGACGGCGAGCAGGCCCCUACUCCUAAGAAAGGUCCCCCCUCCGGUAGUGUAGGGGAGGAGGGGGGCGUGGUGCUCUUGCCCAUUGUAACAGCGACUAAGCCCAGCAGUGAGGCAUGUGAGUUGAAGAAAGAAAUGGAGGAACUGCGGAAGAGUUAUGGAGAGCUGUAUGAGGAGUAUGUGAAGGUUUGUGGCCUGUUGGAGAAGUCGAAUCGGGCGCAGCUGGAGCAUGCUGCUGAGAGGGCGAGAACUGAGAAGGAGCUGUUGAGAUGGCGGAGGAGUGGUAACGUUAUGAUGGCGUCGAGGAAUUCCGCGGUUGUUGGUGUGGUUGAGCGAAUGAUGAUGGUAUUGGAAGAAGGCUCUUUGGGUGAGAUAGCGCAGUGUUAUGCGAAAGUGAGUGUGGCGAGGAGCGGUGGGGAAAAGGGACCAACUAGGGAGGAGCUGAAGAUGAUUUUCUUGGCGAUGUUUCGGAAGGCCUGCGAGAUUAGAGCGACGGAAUUACUCGGAUAUGCAUUGGGCGUUGCGGUUGGUGGAAAUCCUUCGCUGUGCGCUGAAGGGGAUGGAGUUCGCCCCGAGGGAGGAAGGGCUGCGGUCGCUGUUGGUGCAGGAGGUGCUGAAGGAGGGGUGGAGGAGGUUGGAAGCUACUUUUAA